AUGCAAAAUCAAAAGGCGCACGUUGUUAUUGUCCCGGCUUCCUUUACCCCAUCAUCGCUGUACAGGGAAUUUGUGCAGUGCCUCUCGGAGCAUGGACUCAAUGCACCUACUGUUGACCUUCCCUCUGUUGGAAAGCGUGAUCUGUUGCCCGCUGCAUCAAUGAUGGAGGAUGCUGAGCAUAUCAAGACGGUGACGACGAAACUAGCAGAUGACGGCUACGAAAUCAUCCUAGUGAUGCACUCCUAUGGCGGAGUUUGUGGUACCGAAAGCACUGCUGGGGUUUCAAAGGCUGAAAGGCAAGCCAUUGUGAAACCAGGGGGCAUUAUUCAUCUCGUCUACAUCAGCUCUCCCGUGCCUGGAAUUGGUGGAUCUACCAUGACAAUGAUGGGCGAGAAAUGCCUCAUUUCAUGA